CCCGUAUUUCUACCCUUCCUCCCAUUCGUUUGCCUUGUGUUUCUUGCUGGGCCGGUUUUCUUCACUUCUGCAUAGUGGCACAUGGUUUUUUUGGAAGUUUAUCUACAAGAACAUAACUUUAUUACUAUAAACUAGUAAAUCGAAAGACCAUUGUUUCAAAAUGGGAAAUGUCUUAGCUUCUGGCCCCCCUGUGCCACCUCCAUUACCACCUGCAUUAGUGGCUGAUGAACAUCCCUUAGAAAAUCCUGGAACAGUGGAAGAUUUACACAAGAAAACCAAAGAUGUUUUCCCAGUCAAUUUUGAGGGAGCCAAGAUUAUGGUGAAUAAGGGUCUCAGCAAUCAUUUCCAAAUUUCACACACACUGAACAUGAGUUCGGUGACUCCAUCAGGUUACAGAUUUGGUGCCACAUAUGUUGGCCCACAACAAUAUGGUCCAUCUGAAGCAUAUCCUAUUUUACUUGGAGACAUUGAUCCUAGUGGAAAUUUAAAUGCAAACAUAAUCCACCAGUUGAAUAAGAACACUCGGAUGAAGUUUGUCUCGCAGAUCCAAAACUCAAAAUUUGUUGCCACACAAUUGACUACAGACUACAAAGGCAGUUCAUACACAGCCUCAUUAACAAUGGGGAAUCCUGAUUUUAUCAAUGGAUCAGGCGUAUCCGUACUUCAUUACCUCCAGUCUGUCAUGCCUAACGUUGCCGUCGGUGGAGAAGUAGCCUACCAGUAUGGCUCUGGAAUACCGGGUGGAGGUAUUGCUGUGAUUUCCGGUGUUGGAAGAUACACAGGUUCCAACUGGAAUCUGAGUGGUACGGUGGGCGGUUCUGGAUUGCAUCUUUGUUUCCACCAAAAAGCGAGUGAACAAGUUCAGAUUGGUGUUGAACUAGAAACCAAUAUUAGAGCUCAAGAAUCGGUUGCAUCUAUAGGUUAUCAGGUUGAUUUACCAAAAGCAAAUUUGGUCUUCCGCGGAAUGUUAGACUCCAACUGGACUGUUGGCGGUGUACUGGAAAAGAAACUACAACCUCUUCCUUUUACUUUUGCUCUCAGUGGUUUGAUGAACCACUCCAAGAAUCAGUUCCGCCUGGGAUGCGGAUUAAUUAUUGGUUAGAACGAAAAAAUAGCUAUUGUGAUGCCAAGGAGAGCUUCAUAUUAAUUUGUAGUCAAUUCAAAUCUACCACAUGAAAAUGGACAAUUUGGUAUCGAAUCAGCUGUACAAUCAUGCCAUCCGAAUCUUUAAAUAUCAUUCAAUUCCUGGACAGCCGUUUGAUCUAACUAUUUGUUCAUAACAAACCCACUCGUUAGUAAAAAUGCCUAAUACAACAGAAAUUUUUUACAGAA